AUGGUACUUAUCUUCAGACUCCAUCAAUCACGCUCAGUCUCGCACUCUGAUGCAUGUGACACCGAAGACUGCCUCGAUUAUGCCUACAGAAUCAACCAGAUGCUAAAUCGCAACUUGAAUCCUUGCAAGAACUUCAGCGCUUUUGUCUGUUCGUCCUGGACAGAAAAUAAUCAGAACAUCGCCGCAGGAAGCGUAACAGAUGGCGUCAUCCGAAAAUGGUUGAAAGAAAUCAUCAGCGCACUGCAAAGCGAUAACUUCAACGCAUCAGUCAUGGAGGCCGGCAAGAAGGCAAAAGCGGAAUUCGUAUCGUGCAUGAAUAGGACACACGAGGACCAAAGGGAGGUGCUGUCAUCUUUGCGGAACUUUAUGACUCAGAGAGGGCUGUCCUGGCCCGACAAAUCACCGGCGAACAUCAGCGCUCUUCACGUGCUUAUCGACCUCGAUGUCAACUGGCUCGUUCCCUUUUGGUUCAGGGUUCAUAUCUUGCCGACAUAUGAUUCCCGUCCCAGGGCUAUACAAAUCAGUCCGUCGGCGCUUACGCACAUUUGGCACCUGCAACAUCGAAGUGUGGCCGAUUACAGCGUGACAGCCUACACCAUCUACUGGACCUUCGUGUUCAGCCUGCUUGCGCCAGAAAAGGAUGCCUCACUUUACGCAUUUCAAGCCAAGCACGAUUUCCAACUGCAGGAGCAGGUUGUGAGCGAGCUCCAAAGAGAACCGAUAACAUGGGAGCCUUACGUGACGUCCAUUAAAGCUUUGCCGAGAUAUCAAGACUGGCUGACAGGAUUAAGAAAGGUGUUUGAAACCGCUGUUCCACUGCAGGCGGACGUAACGGUCUACAUCACCGAUAAAAGAUACUUUGACAGAAUGAGCGGAAUUUUGGAACGCUUCAGUAACGAUCAGUUAAUAGCCCACAUAAGCUGGUGGUUCGCUCAGUUCGGUGGCAUCAUUGCAAUAUCGGAAGCGCUGGUGGGCUUCUAUGGGAGCCGAGCCGAGGCGGCCCAGAAGAGAGUUGACUUGUGCGCGAGAGGUGUGGAGUCUGUGUACUACCCCCUUUUAACGAGCACCUUCGCCAGGAAGUAUAUUGGAGGAGAAACGACGAGAAGCGUGAACAAUCUGCUCGGAAAAAUAGAGGAAGCAUCCAUUGCCAGGGUUUCGUCUUCGAAGUGGAUAGAGGAGAACGUGCGAAAAAAGAUCAUAUUAAAAAUAAAAAAUGUGGUUACAGAAGUGUGGCUCGAAAAAGGUUUAAGUUCGGAGAGCGUCACGGAAAUGUACAAGGAAUUUCCGAACAAGGCAAAUUCAUUUCUCGAUUUUUGGAUCAAAACCCGUAUCGCAAUGCGACGUUACCUUUCAAGAACAAGGUAUCGGCUAUCUUCUUUCUCAAAACUGGACAGUCACCGCUUAUUUGAGUAUAAUUAUUACCUGAACUCCAUCUUGAUGCAUUCGACAAUCUUAACACCGGCAAUGUACUACUUGAAAGGCACAAAAUCAAUGUUAUACGGAGGGCUUGGAUUUUGGUACUCGGACUUGCUCGUCCGUUCUUUUGACCCGCACGGUGUUUGCAUCGACGUACACAAUAUGUUCGCCAACGCGUCGAAGUCGUCCCACACGGAACGGACCUACGUUGAAAAGGCGUUCUGCGGGUCUUUAAGAAAAAGCAAGGCCUGUCCUCCUCCUGAUAUCAAGAACAGCGUCUUUCCACACUUACCUGCUCUGGAUAUUACAUAUGCGGCUUAUGAGAAAGCCGUCGCAGUGCAGAAAGACUUUCGUCUGAAACUUCUGGAGCAGUACAGCCCGGAACAGGUUUUUUUUAUUACUGUCUGCCACAACACAUGCCAAACCGAUAUUCAGGAACGCUGUAAUCAAUUUAUGAAAAACUUUCAGCCGUUCGCGGACGCCUUCAACUGUCCUUUAGGGUCUGAGAUGAACCCAGCAAAGAAAUGUGAUUUUUUCUGA